CCAGGUUAUUAUGGGGCAAAAGGAUUAUCGAUUAUAGCCAAAUAUCUUCAAGAGCAUUUUAUUAUAAAAAAAAAAUUCUUAUAAAAGAUCAUAGCUCUCCACAAACACCAAAUCAAUAUCUAUAUGAUAUUUUGGUACCAGAAACUGCAUCACACUUAAUUUUUGAAAAUCAACAAAAUAUUUCUUUAGAAGAAGCAUGA